AAAGUUUUGCUUCAAUAACUGAAGGUAAAAUGAUGCUUUGCUGUGUUUUUUUGUUGACAAUAUUAAAGUAAGGCUGGAGGUUUAUCCUUUUUCCUCUGCCUCUGGAUCAGCUGACCCGCGGGUCUCACAGCUGUGCGCAACGCAGAGCAGAAAGAGAGCAUUCACAAUCAUGUUUUAUUACUAAAUGGGACAAUCAGUUGAAACUGUGAAGGGAAAUUUAUUGUAACUAAAUCACAAGAGAUGUUUGAAGCUUGUUUAUCAUGUGUUCAUAAACAAACGGCAUUUAAAUGGCAUUUAAUUUGCGUUAACAAGGCAUAACCGCAAAUAGGACUUUACUGUCCCCCAGAAUAUUUUACUGAGGAUGUUUUUCUGAAACCAGGUCUGUAUAACUGACGUCACCUCGUCUUUUUUAUAAGUGCGUCUUCAACCACCUGCAGCUGCAGCCGCUGAGAUCUGAAACGGAGAUCUGUACUGUAUUGCAACCUGAGCAAUUCAUUCACAUAUUUCUGGUGUAACAUGUAUUUAGUGCAAUCAUUAGAUUCUUAUUUUACUUCCACAAAAAGCUAAUUCUAGAUUAUAUUUUGCAAAAAACAGGGAUGGUUUGCCAUCAAAUUUAAAAUCUGUCCCUCGUUAAUUACAAGUCAGGCAGGGUGGCUCACUGGCUGCUUCCAAGCGAGUGACUUUCAAGUAGGGCUGCUCGAUUAUGGCAAAAAUAAUAAUCACGAUUAUUGUGACUGAAAUUGAGAUCUCGAUUAUUCUAGACGAUUUUUCAAUUAAUGUUUUUUAUUUGUUUUUAUUCUGUCAUAAAAUUGCUCAGGGCGCAAUCAGGACGAAAAUGAAUAAGAAACAAGAUGAUCACUAAAAUAACUCCUGAUUCCCAGUAUAAAAAGACCUAUAUACUUUUAGCUCAUAGUUUAUGACCCUAGGGCUAUAGACCUUGGUUUAACUCAUUUAAGUCUAACCAGUACAGACCCAAAUACCAAUAUCCUGCAAAUACUGACAGCAAGAAUAAUACAGUGGCAUUUAUAACAAAAAAUGCAAAUAAAUUAGGGAUGCUCCGAUCAGGUUUUAAUCUGCCGAUCACCGAUACCGAUCAGCCAAGAGGUCGAUCAUGGCCGAUCAGCCGAUUACCGAUACCAAUUACAUAGAUUGGCUGUAAAUUAUUCAUUUAUCUAUGGUGAGUUCUAAUGCAUGUGUUACAUAUUAAUUCAGAAAAAACAUGGUUUCACUUCACUUCAAAUUAUGUAAUAUCAGUAACAAUUUAUAAGAAAUUGAAAACAUUAAGGCUCUCUUUAGGCUACAAAUAGUGCAAAAAAAGUCAUUAUCUCACAUCACCGCCUAAAUCAAAUUAAGUAACCAAGGAUACAUUCAGAUACAUCCAGUGAGCUUUAAGCUCAGCAUUGACACGGGACUGACAUCUGAGCUCCAAAUGUCACUUGUGAAACUCACAGAGGAUGAGACGCUUUCUUUAAGGAGUCCCUCGAUGAAAGAUUACACUGUCUGGUGGAGCUCUGGAAGGGCUACGUUGGCGAAAUAUUAACGUCCCGGUAGCAUGUAGCGAGGUUCCAAGUGGGUUAGUAGUUGGCGGAAUCCGGCGUCUUCCACAACUGAAAAAGGCUUGUCGUCUAGUCCAAUAAACUCGAUGAUUUUACGGGUAAUUUGCUUAGCCUUUUGACUGUCGCGCUUAUAUGGGCGAGUGUUUCCAAGCGUCGGCUGCGUUAGCUGCCGUCUGACUGUGGCUGCAUUAGCAUUAGCUGGCUUCUUUUCAUUGUCUGCGGUGAGCCUCAAAAACUCACCAUGCUCCGCCAAGUGUUUAGUCUUUAAAUGUCGGAUCAAAUUCGUUGUGUUGAAUUUUUUUGAAGUGCUUCCUCCGCGGGGUAUGUUUUCGUUGCAAGUGUUGCAAGACGCAAACUUAAUAUCACUCUCGCACACCGUAAAGAAGUUCCACACGGCAGACAUGUUUGUCUUUGCGGGUUUGCCGCCACGCGCAUGCGCACUAAGCGGGGAGAAGUGGAAGGGUGGACUACCGGCCGGGAAGAGUAAGCGCCAGUGCCAGAUCGGAAAUGAAAGGCAGUGAUCGGCGAUCACAGAUCACACACUUUUGCAGGAAAAUCGGCCGAUAAUUAUCUGUGGCCGAUCAAUCGGAGCACCCCUAAAAUAAAUUGAUUUUCACAAAAUUUUGCAUAAUAUGCAUUUAGUCAUGUCAAGGUGCUGUAGGAGCGUGUACUAGCACCGUGUCCUCAGAGAGAUUAGUUAUUAUUUAUCAGCGUGAGGAACUUAUUUCUAUCUGUUUCUAUUUUAUUUAUAAACUAUUUAUUUACAGGUCCAUCAGUUAAUAUAAUAAUUGUCCCAACCACAGCUGCACCCCCCACCCCCCAACCCGGUCUCGCAGCAAUCGGGCAAGCUGCACGUGUGUUUAGUGCGCCGCACGUGCACAUUUAGCUGUUUUUAUCGGCUCAGGAGCCCGCAGGUACGGUGUGUGUCACUCACUCUGGUUAGUCCAACAGGAAGCCGGCUCUGAGAACCGUUUCUGUAGCCACCGACACAUCACUACAUCAUUCCCUCUCCUAAUGUCCUGAAGAACAGUCGGGAGCACAGGCGGAGUGUUUAGCUAACCUGCAGGAAAUGUCAACGACAGUUAUCCAGAAAGUAACUAAGGGUUACCAGAGAUGUUUCUGAGAUGUUCUCCAGGUACUUUUAGGAUUAAAAAAGUCAAGAAGGGGGUCUGAAAAGCUGUUAGAAAUAGCGCCAAAGUCGCUAAGUUGGCAACACUGUGGGAGGAGCGCUUCAUUUGCAACUCAGGGCAGCGCAAGUGGGAGGAGCAAAUAAUCGGCUUGUUUUGUUUUUAUAAUCGUUCAAAACUCAGAUCGUUAUUGGGAUUAAAAUUCGAUUAAUUGAGCAGCCCUACUUUCAAGUGCAUGGAGCGACGUGUUGGAGGCCCCUGAUCUAUGGCAUUCAUCACUCUUGCAGUAGUUAUUUUAUUUCAUACAGAUGGAUGUAAACGGCCAGUUUGGCAGAUUGAGGACAUUUUAUGGGCCUCCUUUUUCUUGGUAGCAACAUACCUCUAGGUCUAGUCAUUUGACAUUUCAGAGAUUGCAGGUUGACCAUACAUUGUUCAAAAAAGAGCACACUUUGUGUGUCUAGCUUAUCGAGGAAGUAAGUCGUAAUGUGAAGUUUAGAUGAGUCCCCUCCCUCGUUGUUCUUCCCCAUUGUCAAGGGACACAGUCUCAUGUAGGCCAGUACCAGGCCAUGGUAUAGUACACUUUGUGUCUUGUGCAGCAGGAGGGAUGCUGGUAGAACAAUGACUCUUUGCCUGUUCACAACAGCUCCUUCGGAACAGCCCUCUGUUUGAAUUGGACCAUCAUCACCCUGUAAGGGUAUUUAUCACUGAGAGCAAACUGCAUCCAGAGGAGGGAGUAGACUUUGAUAUGUGGCCUUCAUACAUAGACAAAGUUUUGGAGAAUUCAUUAUGAAGCUUGGUGUAGACGAGAGACGAGUAGACAACAGGACAAUCUACAUCGGUCACCAGUCCUCUCUUGUCAAUGAGGAUUUCAUCCCACCCAAGUUCUGUGACAACAGGAUUGUGUCAUCCAAGUACACAGUGUGGAACUUUCUACCAAAGAACUUGUUUGAACAGUUUAGAAGAAUUGCCAAUUUCUACUUCCUCAUCAUCUUCUUGGUGCAGGUGAUAGUGGAUACCCCCACCAGCCCAGUCACCAGUGGCCUACCUUUAUUUUUUGUCAUUACAGUAACUGCUAUCAAACAGGGAUAUGAAGAUUGGCUACGGCACAAAGCUGAUCGCGAAGUGAACAAGUACCAAGUGACUGUGCUUGAGAAUGGCCAAGAGACGCCAAAAGAGAGUGAGAACAUCAAGGUUGGAGACAUUGUUCAAGUGAAGGAAAACGAGACCUUCCCCUGUGAUUUGAUUCUUCUGCAGUCUACUAGAGAUGAUGACACAUGUUUUGUGACCACAGCAAGUCUGGACGGAGAGUCCAACCAUAAGACACACUACACGGUGCCAGAUAUCGAGAGGGAUCUGAAAUCUCUAAAUGCCACCAUUGAGUGUGAACAACCACAGCCUGACCUUUACAAGUUUAAUGGCCGAAUGCACAUCUACAAAACCAAUCAGGAUCCCGCCGUGAGGUCAUUAGGCCCAGAAAACCUGCUGCUGAAGGGAGCAACUCUAAAGAACACUCAGAAGAUAUGUGGUGUUGCAGUUUACACAGGCAUGGAGACAAAAAUGGCUCUGAACUAUCAGGGCAAAUCUCAAAAACGAUCCGCUGUUGAGAAGUCCAUCAAUGCAUUUCUUCUGGUUUACCUUUGCAUACUGCUGAGCAAGGCGCUUGUGUGCACCACACUUAAAUAUGUUUGGCAGAGCAAACCUGGACAGGACGAGCCAUGGUACAACAAGAAAACUCAGAAGGAGAAAGACACAAACCUGUACUUAAAAAUGUUCACAGACUUCCUGUCCUUCAUGGUCCUUUUUAACUUCAUAAUUCCGGUGUCCAUGUACGUCACAGUGGAGAUGCAGAAGUUUUUAGGAUCUUUUUUCAUCACCUGGGACAAAGAUUUUUUUGAUCCUGAAAUCCAGGAGGGAGCACUGGUCAAUACAUCAGACCUGAAUGAAGAGCUGGGACAGGUGGAGUACGUCUUCACAGACAAGACCGGCACCCUGACUCAGAACAACAUGGAGUUCAUUGAGUGCUGCAUCGAUGGUUUCCAGUACAAGCAUCGGGGUGCGAGCUCCGAGUUGGACGGCUUUUGUGUCACAGAUGGACCCGUGAACAAACUUCAGCAGAAAGCUGGCAGGGAGAAGGAGGAGCUGUUUCUGCGUGCGCUUUGUCUCUGCCACACUGUCCAGGUGAAGGAGUCUACAGAGCAGGAUCAAAGAGAGGACAAUCUAGAUCAGGUGGAUGGUUUAAGGAUAGAUGAAAAUGUGCUCCAGCCACCACAAAAGGAGAGAGGCUUUAUAGCUUCCUCACCUGAUGAGAUAGCACUGGUCAAGGGUGCAAUGAGGUACGGCUUCACGUUUCUGGGCCUGGAAAGCAAAACCAUGAAAAUUCUUAACAGGAAUAAGGAUGUAGAAAUGUACGAUCUACUUCAUGUGCUGAACUUUGACCCUGUGAGGAGGCGAAUGAGCGUGAUAGUCAGAUCUGGAUCAGGCGAAAUGCUGCUUUUCUGUAAGGGAGCAGACUCUUCUAUCUUCCCUCGAGUCAGACAAGAGGAGGUGGAACGGAUACGAUUGCAUGUAGAACGCAAUGCAACGGAGGGUUACAGGACGCUGUGUGUGGCCUACAAACGUCUCAGCGAAGAGGAGUACGCUCAGGCCGAUGCAGGACUGAGGGAAGCGAGACUGGCUCUGCAGGACAGAGAGGAGAAGCUUCUGGCUGUUUACAACCAGGUGGAGACUGGAAUGAGUCUGAUUGGAGCUACUGCUGUGGAAGAUCGCCUUCAAGAGGAGGCAGCAGAGACGAUGGAAGCUUUGCAGAGAGCAGGGAUGAAGGUUUGGGUCCUAACGGGGGACAAGAUGGAGACAGCCAAGUCUACCUGCUAUGCCUGUGGUUUAUUCCAGAGGAAAACAGAACUGUUGGAGCUCACUGUGCGUACUUUAGAGGAUGGAGAGAGGAAGCGUGAGGAGCGACUUCAUGAACUUUUGGGUGAAUACCAUAAGAGAGCUGUUCAGGAUGCUCCACCGGUAAAGGCAGGUGGCACCAGGGUCUGUUUUGCGUCGAACCAGGAUUAUGGUUUUAUCAUUGAUGGAGCUUCUUUAUCUAUGGUGCUCAAUUCAUCCUCUGAAUCCAACAUGAGGAGUUACAAGGACCUGUUCCUACAGAUUUGUCAAAACUGUACAGCUGUUCUUUGCUGCCGCAUGGCUCCAUUACAGAAGGCACAGAUAGUUAAAAUGGUGAAAAGCUCUAAAGGAAGUCCCAUCACUCUUUCCAUUGGAGAUGGAGCUAAUGAUGUCAGCAUGAUUUUGGAAGCUCAUGUUGGCAUUGGCAUCAAGGGUAAGGAAGGUCGGCAGGCGGUGAGAAACAGCGAUUAUGCUAUCCCUAAACUCAAACACCUCAAGAAACUGUUGUUGGCUCACGGCCAUCUGUAUUAUCAUCGCAUCGCACACCUGGUGCAGUAUUUCUUUUACAAGAAUCUUUGCUUCAUCCUACCGCAGUUUUUAUACCAGUUUUUCUGUGGAUAUUCUCAGCAACCCCUGUAUGAUGCAGCCUAUCUGACGAUGUACAACAUCUGCUUCACCUCCAUGCCUAUCCUGGCCUACAGCCUUUUGGAGCAGCGCAUCAGCAUUGAGGAUCUCAUAGAAGACGCUGCCCUCUACAGUGAGAAUGCCAAGAACGCCAUGCUGCGGUGGGGAUUAUUCCUCUACUGGACUGGUCUUGGAGCUUUCCACGGUUUAGUCUUCUUCUUUGGUGUUCGAUUCCUGUUCAGUAAUCCAGCCCUGCAGGACAAUGGACAGGUUUUUGGUAACUGGUCAUAUGGAACGAUUGUGUUUACUGUGCUCGUCUUUACUGUUACAUUAAAGCUGGCUCUGGACACACGACAUUGGACAUGGAUCAACCACUUUGUAAUCUGGGGUUCUUUGGCCUUCUACGUGUUUUUCAGCUUCUUCUGGGGAGGAAUAAUUUGGCCUUUCAUGAAGCAGCAGCGUCUGUACUUUGUGUUUGCCAACAUGUUGAGCUCUGUGUCGGCAUGGCUGGUCAUCAUCUUGCUCAUCCUGCUCAGCCUACUGCCAGAGAUCCUGCUUGUGGUACUCCGUAACCCCCGGGGCCCUUACACUCGAAAGAAGAAGCGGGUUCAGUCGAGUGCAGGGGGCCUCCAGGUUCCCCAGUCUCCAGUCAGGCCGCUGCUUAUGAGAACCUUUUCAGAAGAGUCCCGUACGGUCAUUUAAACAGCUGUCAAAGAGUGCCCUUCUACAAACAUCCAGAUUGCAGCCGUCACACCUCUAUCCUACAAGCACCUGAAUGAGCAGAAGUGAAAGGCAGCCAGGACUUGCCGCUUCAUCUGCUUUCUAAAGGAGGGAGAAGAUCUGGAGCUAUGUCAGUUUGAGGUUUUUUUUUUUUUUUACUGCCCAACGCAUGUCUGCAGGGCAGUGGCCAGUUUUAUUUUAAUUAUUAUUACUACCCUGGACAAUGAACACAAGUUCUUCUUUUACUUUUCUUUUUUAACUAUUUGCUUAAAACGACGCACACGCAGCUGCCUUGCCAGUAGCUCUCUAUGAAACAUUGUUUCAUCGAGUAGUUGUGUAUCCACUCCAAGAAUGGCACAUCUGCAUGACUCCAGAAGAACACCUGUGUUCAGACACGGUUUCCUGCAUUUUACUGUAUUUUAACAACAAGGUUAUUCUACUUUAAAGGAUUGUUCACCUUUCUUUUAAUAGUUUUUCUUAUAUUUCUGAAAAAAAAUCUACAAAUCUGAACCAUUCCAGAUGAAUAACAAAUAAGUUACUGAAUGCAGUUUUAAUUUAACUAAAAUCUGCUCACAGACGUGGUUUGUAGACAUCAAAGUGAUUAUUUCGUGCUGUUACAUCUGAUAUUGGAUGUAAGAGGGGUUACUAGAGGCCAUACUAUCACUGAAUCCAAAAAGUCCUGUUUUUUAUGCAAUACAUCUAAUAAGAUGUUAGGAUUGUCACCUAAAUAUUCUAACCUCAAGUUAUUUAAGAGAAAAAAAAUAAUAUAUGUUCUGUGUGCUUGGUAGCUUCGAUAAGUGUAUUAGCGUCUGCUCAAAGCCAAAUACAGAAGAUGAUGAACGCUGUGCGAUCAGAUUGGUCCUCACAAGUGUGACCGUAAAGUGACAGAGGCGUGUUAAAUAGAUUAAGGUGUCUGGUCUGGUCGGUUAGACAUUUUUUCUGCACUACUAAAGAAACUGGUGUGUUUGCUGUAAUUCUGAUGAUUGAGGCACAUUAUCUAUGCCUGAACACACACGCACUUACUAGUUAGAUUAGAAGAGAUUACACAACCAAUAACCCACACACAGGUGUACUAGAGCCUAAAAGUUUUUCAUUGUCAUGAUUUAGUUGCUGCUACAGGUGAAGUUGGAGUAUAAAAUAACAACAUUAGCAGAAUCAGAAGUGUGAAAGCCACAUGGGCUUUACCCUUUCUGCUUGGAUCUCCUGGAUUUGCCACCUUUUUGGUCCCUCUUUAACUUUUUUACACAGUUCUUUAUGCAUUCCAUCUAAAUGAGAUUUUUGGCACUUUUGAACUCUUGUUCUACAUUUUUACUUCUUGUUUAUCUUCCACAAACAUUCACAUAUUAAGUGUGUGUUUACUCGCAAAUUGUAUUUUUUUUAAUGACAUGAUUCAUUAUUUUAUUUUAAUUCUGAAGAUUGUUCAGCUUUGUGCCAGUUCCCUUGGUGUGUGUGGUUCUCGUUGUGUGACGGGCAGCCCCUUCCAGCGUACGUAUCAACCUCAGAGUCACAUUUGUCAGGUGACCUAGGUCUCAGAUUAAAAUGGAAAACCAUUAAAUGUUCAUCUUAAAUGUUUUUCUUUCACCGAUUAUUAUAGAAACUAUUUUUGCUGACUAAAGUCAGACUAAAAUUGUGCCAUCUGGCAAAUCAAAUCUAAAAAUAAGGCCAAAUUAAAGUUAUACAGACUUUUUUUGUGCUGAGCUGAUUUCA